AUGGAUUAUUCUCCUUGUUCGUCCCGCUCCGCUUCUGUCGCCUCUUCUUCUUCUCCUUCCAUUCCGCGAAUCAUAGAAUCCUCCCCCAGAGUCUCUUUCGAGUCCGUCAAACAUUGUCCGCCGUCAUGUACGUGUCGGCUGUCUUCUGCCACUCUGGUGCCCACGGAGAGCCUGGCGGAGACUCCUCUCAUAUCCAAAGGACCACCGCCAUACACAGCAUUCUCCAACGACCGAAGAAAGCUCCUGCUUGCCAUCGUCACCGCCGCUGCAUUUCUCGCUCCGGUCGCAGGCAACAUCUACCUCCCAGCCCUUCCAACCCUCGCGAAAGAGUUUGGCGUGAGCGAUGUCGCCAUUAAUCUCUCAGUCUCCCUCUUCAUGCUUGUCUUCGCCAUUGCCCCCCUCUUCUGGGGCUCCUGUGCCGACUUCAUGGGCCGAAAGCCUCUCUACGCCAUCUCCUUCCUGAUCUUCGUCGUGGCUAACGUCAUUCUCGCCGCCAUCCCUCCCAACUACGGCUGGCUUAUCUUCUUCCGUAUCGUGCAGGCCAUCGGCGCCUCUAGCGUCGCCAGUCUUGGCGCCGGCACAAUCGCAGACAUCUACGAACCCAAGGUCCGUGCUUCAGCUAUAUCGAUAUUUAUGCUGGGCCCGCAACUGGGCCCUAUCCUUGGCCCUGUCAUUGGCGGAGGCAUCACCGCCGGGGCGAGCUGGCGCUGGAUCUUCGGUUUCCUGGCCAUCCUCGGCUUUGCGCUCUGGGUUUGGAUGCUGUUUUGUUUGCCCGAAACGCUGCGCGCACGCGUAGGCAACUCCGCCAUCCAUGCCAACGAGCCGUGGGUCAAAUUCCCCGAUUUUCGCGCACGUGCGCCGAUUGAACCCGGAACAGUCAUUAUGAAGCGGCCGAGUGCAAUGAACGUGUUCAAGCUACUAAGAUAUCCGCCUAUUUCGCUCGUCUCGCUCAAUGUCGCGAUUCUCUUUGGAAGUUAUUACUGCGUCGCCAUCACCCUGCCCACGAUUCUCGAGCGCGAAUACCACUUCAGCUCCACCGGCGUCGGUCUCGCCUACCUACCCGCGGGCGUCGCAAUGGUAUCAGGCUCAUUGCUUAGUGGGCGAUACGCGGACUGGGAUCGUGCGAGGGCAGCAAAGGCGUCCUCGGACGGGACUGUGAUUCCCGAAAAUCGGAUCAAAUCGCAACUGUUUGGCGUCGUGCUGUUUCCCAUUGGCAUUGAGAUGUAUGGCUGGUUUUGCCAUUACCACAUCCAUGUGUCCGCCGUACUCAUCGCGACCUUCAUUAUUGGAUUUGCUAUGUCGUGGGUUUUUGCGACUAAUACGACAUACAUGACUGAAUGUAAGCCGGGCCAGGCGGCGACACUCGUUGCCAUCGCUAGCUUGUUUCGCAAUCCGGCCGCAGCAUUAGCUUCUUUGAUCAUCGAUCCCAUUACCGAUGGGAUUGGAAUGGGUUGGGCGUUCCGCGGGCUGGCGCUCUUGGAUAUGGCGUGUGUACUGAUUGUCAUUGUGCUCCUGUGGUAUGGGCCGGCAUGGAGGAAGAAGAUACAGGGAGAGAUGGAGACGGAGAAAGAAAGGCCGAAUCCACCGGCGCCGAGUCAAGUGUCGCUUGCGCCGAGCGCUAUGCUGCGAUGA